AUGGUUCGAGACUGGCCGCGGGACUCGUUCCCACGCCAGCCGUCGUUCCAGCAGCAUUGCUUUCCUCCGACCCCACGACAUCAAUUUCUCCAACAAGACCGAUACGUCGGCGACGCGACGCAGCGAUCCGACUCUUUUCAACAAGAUCGCUACGCCAUUGAAACUACCGAACACAAUCGGUUUCCAGAGGCAUGUGAUAUGCAUCGUCGCCACCCUCCCAUGCAAAUCGACGAGGCCCUUCGCUCACAUUGUGGUAUCGCCGCCAAGCAAUAUUUCGUUGCGGCCAUUAGCGAGGAUGGCAAACCAAUGACAUUUUUCAGUCCAGGGCAAAAGCUAAACAAUGCUGUCAUUCGCCAGUUCUUCGACAUGGGCCGGUUUCAACAUGUCAUGGCAAGGAUCGAUGCUGGGGCCGAUCCUAUCCUCGACGAUGGGUUUGCUGCAGAGGAUAUUACUGCCAAUCGGACCGGCAGUCGUGGACGCAUGCGAGGCUCGCAUCCGCGUCGUACCUCUAUUUUUGAGGAAUGGGACAACCCCUUGCGGCCGGCAGGACGAAAGAGGCCUCGGCCUCGUCACCCGCUCAAUGAUGACGAUGAUGUGCCAAUGACUGUGUCUUCGCGGAAAGGAAUCAAAAUCAACGACGCGGACGCGGUGUGGAACUUUUAUGAGCAACGCUUCAAAAACUGCCAGCAGACUGCGUGCAAACUCAUAGCCAAGGCUUGGGUGAAGGCUGUAGAACCCAAGAAGCAAUCAACUCAUCCCUACACUGGUAGCGACGAAAAGGCACCGGAUUGGUGGCCGAAACCAUGGGGUCCUACCAAGGACGACAAGGUUAGGCAUAAGGAGCCUGACCAUCUCUACAAGCGAGAGCGCGUCCACCUGUUGGUGCAUAUACUUCGGCUCGUGGUAGAGCCAAACGUCAGGCAGCACGGCGACAUACAGAAACUGGGCCUCAACGUCAAGAAGUUGGAGGAGACGAGUUACGAGGCUCUCUCAUCUUUUUUCAUGGACAACGACACGAACGCAAGAAAGAGACCAUAUCUCAACGAGAUUUUCAAAAUGGCCAGACAGGAAGAGCGCUUCAGAAAUGGCGAAAUAGAUGGAUCCACCGAGGUUUAUGUGAUGGCCGAAGACAAGAUUCCGGACAAUUACGCCUCGGAUAACGAGGAAGGCCCUUUUGUGAAGGAGGACGACGACAGUGACAUGUCGCGCAUCAAGGUGAACAACACGCAGCAACACUGCGUAGCCCAAACGCCCACGACGGGCCCCACGCCCACCCAACCCUUGCACGGAGGACACGGUUCCUUUAUGAGCGAGCUUCCCGUCAGAGGGAGCUCCUUUACGCCAACAAUGUUGUCGACGGAAAUGGCACCUCAGCCACACUCUUUUGUCGAUAGCAGCGGGAUCACGGUUACAGACCAGGCUGCCGUGACGGCUCCCAACCCGGCCUUGACAAUGGACAUUGUGACCAGCCCUCACGAUACCAGUCGACGACCAUCCGUCUUUAGCGAAUACACCAGCCCGGGGGGCAGCAACCUCUACACUCCGCAAUGGCAGCAGUCUGGGUCAGCGGGACAGACGCAGUCGCCCAUGUACGCGUACGCUCCAUCACAGGCCAAUGCCUCUCAGCCUCCGUUUCUCGGACAGACGGUCCACAUGGGCCAGAACCAGUCCUUUAUAGGAGGUUCCUUUGAAGAAACAAGCCGGACAGAUUAUGACGCUCACGGCGCCCCAAUCUUUCGAGCAGGAGAUCUGCCACACCCGCCCGUCAGCCAGCAACAAGGGUAUUAUGUGCCCAACGAUGGCAGGAACGGGUUACGGGGCCUUACUCAAGUCGUGGAAGGUGUUCCCAGAAGCCAAAUGUAG